UACUCCGUAAAUAAGAAGAGGGAGAAAAUUUCCGGCUAAAGUAAGCUACUGAUAUAAUUUUCCUUCUCCCGUUCUCUCGUAUGGCUUAAAAUUAGCUCGAUAUUGCAUUUCCGGUGGUCAAUCAACGUUGAACUCUGACUAUACGGAGAAUAUUUUAGUUGUACUGAGUUAAGCUUCACUGUACGGUGUGGAGAUAUUACUGUCAUGGAUGAGCUCGAGAAGCAUAGUAUCUUGAUGGUGUCAGAUUUUUUCUAUCCCAAUUUUGGUGGCGUUGAGAAUCACAUUUAUUAUCUAUCUCAAUGCUUGAUGAAGCGGGGCCAUAAGGUGGUUGUUAUGACUCACGCUUAUAAAAAUCGCUCUGGAGUGAGAUAUAUGACGGGUGGGUUGAAAGUUUACUAUGUGCCAUGGAAGCCUUUUCUUAUGCAGAAUACACUACCCACUUUUUAUGGUACACUUCCUAUCAUAAGGACUAUUCUAAUUCGGGAAAAGAUAACUUUGGUUCAUGGACAUCAAGCCUUCUCUACUCUAUGCCAUGAAGCUCUGAUGCAUGCACGUACAAUGGGUUACAAAGUUGUAUUCACUGAUCAUUCUCUUUAUGGAUUUGCUGAUGUGGGAAGCAUUCACAUGAACAAGGUAUUGCAAUUUACUCUAGCUGAUGUAACCCAGGCUAUCUGUGUGUCUCACACAAGCAAAGAAAACACAGUCUUAAGAUCAGGGCUGCCACCGGAAAAGGUUUAUGUCAUUCCAAAUGCCGUGGACACUGCAAUGUUCAAACCUGCUCCAGAAAAGCUUAGUCGGGAGGAAAUUGUUAUAGUUGUGAUAAGUAGAUUAGUUUACAGGAAAGGGGCAGAUUUACUAGUUGAAGUUAUCCCUGAAGUAUGCCGCUUGUAUCCCAAUGUUCGCUUCAUUGUUGGAGGAGAUGGACCUAAACGAGUGCGCCUGGAAGAGAUGAGGGAAAAGCACUCUCUCCAAGAUCGAGUUGAGAUGUUGGGAGCAGUGCCACAUGCCAAAGUGCAGUCAGUGUUAAUAACUGGCCAUAUUUUCUUGAACAGUUCUUUAACAGAAGCAUUUUGCAUAGCUAUAUUAGAAGCAGCAAGUUGUGGGUUGCUGACAGUUAGCACACGUGUUGGAGGAGUUCCAGAGGUUCUUCCAGAUGAUAUGGUUGUUCUUGCAGAGCCAGAUCCUAGUGAUAUGGUACAAGCAGUCACAAAGGCAAUACACAUGCUUCCCCAGAUUGAUCCACUAGUCAUGCACAACCGUAUGAAGAAACUAUAUAGCUGGCAUGAUGUUGCUAAGAGGACAGAGAUUGUGUAUGAUCGUGCUCAAAAACACUCAAAUCCUCCACUAUUGGAGCGAUUAUCUAGGUAUCUUACUUGUGGAGCUUGGGCAGGCAAACUGUUUUGCAUAGUUAUGAUAAUUGACUUCUUGCUCUGGCGUCUCUUGCAACUAUGGCAGCCUGACAACGAGAUUGAGGUGGUGCCUGACAUUUGUUUGAUGAAUUCUCAACAUGACACCAACAAGGAUGAAAGCAAUACAUGAUUUUUCACUUCAUAGGACAUGUUUGUAUUACAUUCGACAAAAUGAUUAGCUGACCCUUUUACUUCUACUCUUCGAGAAUGUAAAUACAACUAGGUAAGCCACUUCUUUGUCUGACCGUA